AUGAGGCCUCUACGGAGCCGGAGGAGGCAGCGCCGCGGCAUCUCCCUGGGAGUCCUCGCGCUCUGCCUGGCGGCCGCCUGCAGCCUGCAGAGUCAGGGCGUGUCGCUGUACAUUCCCCAGGCGGCCAUCAACGCCACGGUGGAAGAAGACAUCCUGCUGUCGGUGGAAUACUCCUGCCACGGCGUCCCCACCAUCGAAUGGAAGUACACGUCCCACUGGGGAGUGCAGAAGAUCGUGGAGUGGAGGCCAGGGACUCAGGCCAACAUCUCCCAAAGCCACAAGGACAGAGUCUGCACCUUUGACAACGGCUCCAUCCAGCUCUUCAGCGUGGGUGUGAGGGACUCCGGCUACUACGUCAUCACGGUGACCGAGCACCUGGGGAGCCGUCAGUUUGGCACCAUCGUGCUGCAUGUGUCGGAGAUCCUCUACGAAGACCUCCACUUCGUGGCCGUCUUCCUCGCCUUCCUCGCCGCUGUGGCCGCUGUGUUAAUCAGCCUCAUGUGGGUUUGUAAUAAGUGCGCAUAUAAAUUCCAGAGGAAGAGAAGACACAAGCUCAAAGAGAGCACCACUGAGGAGAUCGAGCUCCAAGACGCCGAGUGUUAG